UGACUGUGCCCGACCGCUAGCUGUUGGUUGUGAGAGUGAGACUUCUGGAGGUUGCACCUGGUGCGCCAUUUAUGGAGGUCGAGGUCGAACUGUUGUUUCCAUUCAAAAUCUCUGCCAACAACUGUUCUUGCUUCUUUUUCAGCAAGGUGCCCUCAAAAAACGUGCAUGAUGAAGAACCGAGGUUCCUAUCCGGCAGCUGCUUCGUCAAGCACCUUUGUAGGUACUGGAGGUCCUUUUCUGCCUCCACUUUCCCCCGCAGCCAGACGCAGGUGUCAUUUUCCUUCAGCGUGAACCCCAGCUGGUGGAGCAGCGCUUCCAAUUUUUUCGAUCUCCCCGUCAUGAUAUCGUCCGAAGGAGAAGCAGCAGGAGCAAGAUCUCUCGUUGUUCUUUGGCGCUCCUGGUGGUCGUGCGACAUGAUCUGCAACGCGCUAGAAUCUUCAUUUUUCUGCUCCUCGUAGUUCUCCUCCUGUAAAAACAACAGCGGCUCCAACUUCUGCUGCAGAGUGGCGUUGCCUGGCCGCAUAUGAAAUGCAACCAUGUCUGGGUCUGCAAAAAUUCUGAGACUUGUCAUGCACGUUUUGCAUGAGCCAUGAUGUCUGUGAUGCAUGCCCUAGCAUCACAGAUUUUUUUGGGGCCUCCUGAUGCCUAUACCGCAUGACAAAUGCCCUCUCCGCGUAGCAGAAAACGCAUUCCCUUUGCUGCUCACGCAAGGUAGAUUUUUUUGGAAUCCAAAUGCAGCAUCACAGGUUGCAUUCUUCCAGACCCAGACAACAUAUUUGCAUUUGAUACCGCAGCCGGCGAAACUUGUCGUUGUUGGGGUCAUAUCAAAUGUAAAAGUGUCUGGGUCUGGAAGAUUGCCAGGUUUGUCAUGCACAUUUUGCAUGACUCCUGAUGUCUGUGAUGCAUGCCCUAGCAUCACAGAUUUUGUGAGGGCUUCCUGAUGCCUGUACCGCAUGACAAGUGCUCUUUCCGUGACUUGGACUCUCUUUGCUGCUCAUGCAAUACAGAUUUUUUUAGAAUCCAAAAUCGGCAUGACAAGUUGGAUUCUUCCAGACCCAGACAUUUUUACAGUUGAUAUGUGCCCGACCGCUAGCUGUUGGUUGUGAGAGUGAGACUUCUUGAGUACAAGAAUACCGUCAGGCCCUACGGCUGAAGAUCUUCCUCCAUUUCUUCUCUGUCGGUACUACAUGUGUGCUGUAUGUUUUCAGAUCCUAGCCCUAAAAGCUAGAUCUGUGUCUUGAUUUCUAUUCUCUGACUAUCUCUUCAAUAUCCGAUAAUUACUAUCGGCAUUAUCCUCAUCAACGAAAAUUAUUUUCCUUGUCACAGGACCCAGGUGAUCGUGUUUUGGCACGCCCAACAAACGUGGACGACCAGGAUUUCUUGAGUAGCAAAAGAAGUACUGGCCUUCG